AUGGAUACAACAAGUUAUACCGGUUUACCAAAUAAACUAUGUCAAGGUUUAACCUCAGUAAAAUCAUCAUUAACAACAGGUCAUAUGCUUGAAAAAUCUGAAACAACACAUAUUGAUAGCCGGGAUAAAUUUAAUCAUCAUAUGGCACGUAGUGUUUUAGGUAUUCAAGCACCAUUAAAACUUCAAACUGAAUUACAAAUAGCCAGUAAAAUGGGUCGUUUACCAUGCUUACCUAGUUCACGUUUAAUGUUAGAUGUUUUACGUGGUACAAAUGAAGAUAUAUCAUUUGAUGAUAUUUUAAAUAAUCCAAGAGAAUUUGGUGAAUUACAAGUUGAUCCACAUUUAGCUAUGGAUAGACAUGAUCAUCGCCCACCUAGGAGUAAGACAUCAAGAUCAGGUGCUGAUGAUAGUGUAUCUAUUGAUGAUGGUGUGAGUACCUGUUCAAAUAUUUCUGAUUUAACAAGUAUCUACGAUGAUAGUGAAGUUGGUUUUCCUACAUCAAAUGAUACUAUACUUUCAACUGAUAUUCUUGAUGAAAAACUUGAUAUAGCAAUCGAAGGACUUCGAAAUAAAGAUUUACGAACACGUGAAAAUUCUUUACGUACACUUCAAACAUUAUUUUCUCAAAAAUAUGUUUCUGAACUAGUCAUCAAUCGAAGUGAAAGUUUGACCGAUCAAUUAAUAACAUGUUUAAGAAAAGGCAAUGAAUCGGAAGGAAAAUUAGCAGCUAUUGUGACAUCAUUAUUUUUUAUUCAACUCGGUGAACCAAAUGAUGAAUUAUUUUUACAAUUUCGUGAUAUUAUAUUACCAAUAUUACGAGACGAAUCAAAAUCUUCAUCAAUACGAAAAAAUUAUGCUCAAGCAAUAGGUAUCAUUUGUUUUAUUGCUUGUGAAGAUAUGUCAUCAACAGUUGAAUUAAUGAAAACAUUAGAAACAAUUUUUUCUCGAUCAUAUUUACUUCCUGAUCGUACAACACCUAUUAUCAAUCAUGAUUUACAAGAAUUACAUACAUCAGCACUUUCAUCAUGGUGUCUUCUUAUGUCAACUAUGCCAAAUAAUCUUGCACAUGAAUUAAUACGAACUUAUGCACCGGAAAAAAUUCCUGGUCUUAUUGAAUCUAAUGAUGGUGAUUUACGUAAUCAAGCAGGUGAAACAAUUGCUGUUUUAUAUGAAAUAGCCCGAGAUAUAAAUAGUAAAAAAAAAGCUAAUGAAAGUGCAAAAUAUCGAGGAAAGAAAGAAAAACGUUUACAACGUGCUACAUUUAGAGAAAUUUAUAAUUCAUUUGAAGAAGGUACUUCACCAGAAUUCGAUAUUAAAUUUGGUCGUGAAACAUUAGAAAUAACUUCAUGGACAACUCGACUUUAUUAUAACAUAUUUAGUAGUUUAUUAGCUACUGGAAUGAAUAUACAUUUAAAAGAGAAUGGAUUUCUUCGUUCUGUUUUUAAUUUGGAUGAUUUAGAAAUUGAAGAUAUUCAUCAAUCAAAAACUAAUCGAUUCGAACGACAAUUAGCUAAUAGAGCUGCAUUUAAAGUUCGUACUCAAGCACUUAAUAAAACUCGUGCAAAUAAAGUUACACGUAUUCAAAAUGAAGAUUAG